AUGGCGGCGGCGGGGCUGUGCCCGUGCCGGGCGCUGCUCGCCCGCCGCGGCGGGGCUCUGCGGGCGCUCUGCGGCUCCGUGCGGGGCCUCGCCGCGGGGCCGGAGACGCAUUUCGGCUUCCAGACCGUGACGGAGGCGGAGAGGAGGGAGAAAAUUUACCAGGUCUUUGAAAGUGUGGCCAAGAAAUACGAUGUAAUGAAUGAUUCAAUGACUCUAGGGAUUCAUCGAGUGUGGAAGGAUAUCCUCAUGCAUAAAAUGAACCCUUCCCCAGGAACACUUCUUCUUGAUGUUGCUGGAGGAACAGGUGACAUCGCCUUUCGAUUUAUUAAUUAUGUUCGCUCUGUACGAGAACGCCAGCUCCAGCGGAGGCUUAAGCACCAUCAGAAUUUAUCAUGGCAGGAAAUUUCGGAGAGUUACCAGGAAGACAAAUCUAAGUCACUAGGGGAUUCCCAAGUGGUAGUCUGUGACAUUAACAAAGAAAUGUUAAAAGUUGGGAAGCAGAAAGCACAGCAUCUUGGCUACUCCGAAGGCUUGUCCUGGGUACUUGGGAAUGCUGAAGAGUUGCCCUUUGAUGAUGAUAAGUUUGAUGUUUACACAAUUGCCUUUGGAAUCCGAAAUGUAACUCGUAUUGAUUUGGCACUUCAGGAGGCUUAUCGUGUGCUGAAACCGGGAGGAAGAUUUCUCUGCCUUGAAUUUAGUCACGUCAGCAACCCUCUUCUUUCCAGGCUCUACGAUCUGUACAGUUUCCAGGUUAUCCCUGUUCUGGGUGAGGUUAUUGCUGGUGACUGGAAGUCAUACCAGUAUCUCGUGGAGAGCAUCCGACGUUUCCCCCCUCAGGAGGAGUUGAAGGCAAUGAUAGAAGAUGCAGGGUUUUUUAAAGUGGAUUAUCAGAAUUUAAACUCGGGCAUUGUUGCCAUUCACUCAGGUUUCAAACUGUGAGUCUACUAUGUAGCAAAACACAGGAAGUGUAAUUUUCCUAAGGAAUAUGAAGGGUGUGGAAUUUUAAUGCUAUCAAGAUUGAAGAGGAGUUUUAAAAACUUAUACAACAGAUACUUGCUCAGCAGUCAGACCCAGAAGAACAUCAGUUACCUUUUUUUCCCCCCAAGAAACAUGCGGAUGAAGUGACUCCUGUGGCGUUUCUUACACUUGCAUUUCCCUUCGAAUGCCACGUAAAGGACAUGGACAAAACUGAGCAAUGCUAACAAAUGAAGCAACUUCAGUUACCAGUGGUGUGGAUACAGAAAUAGACUGACUGGUCUUUGAAUAAGAUGCCUCCUUUUUUUACCAAGCUUCAAGGAGGAUAUCAUACCAGUGAAAAGUAACUUGAUUUAUUACAUUUUUAUUAAGCUGUCAUUAUCUUUGUCAUGUGGACUCUAAGGGACUUUUCCCAUAAUUCCUUUUCUUAUUUCAAAGGCAAAUGGAAGGCUUGUGAAAUAAAACAGCUCUGCAUCAACUUUUUUUCAGCUAAGUCAAUAUUUUAACCUUUCUAAGGUUUCCUUUCUAAGAUAUUUUUUCUGAAGGAGAAUGACUGCAUAACUGUAUUCUGGGAUGAGAUGACAUGUUUUCACUGCCAUAUGAAGCCUUUGUCAGUGCUAGAUGCAUAAUCUCUACAUAGAAACACUGUGCAUGUCCUUCUGUUCUUUAAACUGUUGAACAGAUGCUUCUGUAGUACCCCUGUAGGAUACAGUAAAAAAAAUAUCUAGAGAAGGUAUAAAUUUACAUUCUAAUGUAACAGCUGUGUAAUUUUGUCUCUUCUGAAACUGGGGAGAUGAAAGGACUAUUGCUUGUAGCUCACCAGUUCACUUGAAAUCAGAAAAGCAACACCAUGUAUCUAAACUCCAGAAUUUGCACUGGAGGUUGUGCAUGCUGAAAAUAUGCUUAUCAAGAAUUGAAAAGCGGUCUCUCUUAUUUCAGGGAAAAUAUCUCCUGUUGUUAUCAGUUACUGACUGAUGACAUACUCAUAGAUCAGCUCAGGAUUCAGAUGCUGUGGAUUGGGGGGGGGCAGGAA